CGUCAAGAAAUAAUAAAAAAUGCUAUUUGUAAUGUAGUGUUUUUGUUAAUUUGCAGUCGAAAUAGACAAUGCUUCGUUCAAAUGAAGCUGAAACUGAAAAGGAUAUUAUAGAAAAUGAGUUUUUGACUUUAACUAGGAAGUUUAUUGCAUCCGGUUUAAAAUGCAAUGAUAUACAAAAAGCACUGCAAAAAGAAGGAAAGAAACGGAAACACUUUAAAAGUAAAGCUUUAGGAAUAAUUCUUGUUGUAAACGCAAUAUUAUAUGAAUGUGGUGUGUUUCACUGUAUUGUUAAUUAUGCUAUUGGAAUCCGCUGCUUAAUACCAAAUAAUUAUUUUGUUUGGGAGGCUACUCGCCCAGUUUCCGAUUGUAGUUAUUGUUUAAAAGUCGCCAAACCGAUAGUUUUACCAAAUUUGACACAGGAAGAAUUUGCUAAGUAUGCAUACAGUUCAAAACCUUUAGUCAUCAAAGGUGCUUUCUUGCACUGGCCUGCCUUGAACAGAUUCGAUUACUAUUUUUUUAAAGAACUCUAUGAAAGUGUAGAAGGUAGUUUUGAAAGUGUGGACCAAGAAUGUCAAUUUUUACAUUUUAAAUCCGACUUUAUAUCGAUACGAGAUAUUUUUUCAAUGCAUGAAGACAGAGUAAGGAAUUUGCCUGGACAAAAAUCAUGGUACGUCGGAUGGGGUAACUGCCAUCCUAAAGUACUUGAAAAAAUGCGUAAAUAUUACGAAAUACCCCAUUUUCUACCUGAAGAUUGUGAGCUAUCAUCUAAAGAAUAUGUUUUCAUGGGAUAUGAUGCAGGAGCAACUUUACAUUUGGAUUUUAUAAAUCGGCUCAUGUGGCAAGCUCAGUUAAAAGGGUCAAAAACAUGGUAUCUAUCACCUACUCCAGAAUGUGAAGAUGUCUGCAGUUCAUUUUCUUUUUUAGUUGAACCAGGAGAUGCUGUAUUAGUUGAUACAAGAAUUUGGUACCAUGGAACAACAGUAAAGCCAGGAGACUUUAGUUUAUCAAUUCAGUCUGAGUAUGGUUAGCGUUAUUAAAUAAGUACAAUUUGCAACAUAAAUUUACAGACAACUGUAAAAAACUUUUACAAUACAAUUUUUAUAGACAUGUUGCUUAUCUUGCCAUUAAUAUGACCAUUUAUGUAGUAAUUAUAAAAUAUCUUAUUAAGUAGAAAAC